GACAAGAGGUUGCUUAACAAGAUAAAAUCCUAUGAUGUUACGGGAAAGAUACUGGCAUGGAUAGCGGAAUGAUUGACAGGCAGGAGACAGCAAGUGGGAAUAAAAGGGGCCUUUUCUGGUUGGCUGCUGGUGACUAAUGAUGUUCCUCAGGGGUUAGUAUUGGAAGCACUACUUUUCACAUUGUUUGUUAAUGAUUUAGAUAAUGGAAUUGAUGGCUUUGUAUCUGUAGUCGGCACAAUGACAGUAAAGUUGAAUCUAAUCUAAUAUAUUUAAGGUGGAAGUUUAUAGUUUCUUGAUCGGCCAGGGCAUCAAAGGAUAUGGCGAGAAGGCAGGUGUAUGGGGUUGAGUGCGAUCUGGGAUCAGCCAUGAUGGAAUGGCAGAGCAGACUCGAUGGGCUGAAUGGCCUAAUUUUGCUCCUAUGUCUUAUGGUCCUACCUUUCUCAUCCAUGUACCUAUCCAAACUUUACAAAUGUUACAACUGAACCUGCAGUUAACACUUCCUUUGUGCUCAGUGUUUGGAAUGUGACUGGAGCCCACGAGUUAGCUGAGAGUCCGACUGUCAGAGUGAAUACUUCCUUCAGUGACCUCAGCUGAUAGUGUAUCCAAGAAAAUCGCGUCUUCACCCCUCCCGCAAAAUAUGUUGUUGCUCACUUCUGCUUCAGCAAUUAGUGUAUUUAUUUUUAAAAUAGCUUCUUGAUUUUCUGUGGGAAGUUGUAUAUGUGCAAGAAAAUAUUUGAUGCUAGCUUUGUGUACCCUCCCCCGCACUCACUGUGUUGGAGCUGCCCUGGAAUUCUUUCUAGCAAGCUCGACCCAGCUUGAACUCCUUCUGACGAGGACACCAUUUAAGCGAGACGUUUCAUUUGUAGCAAGAAUACUUUGUGAGUCCAGUCUUUUUUUUCGGAGAGAAGUGGGUAUAGGUGCAGAUAAUUUAGAUUUAUUUUUUGGAGGUGGGUGGGCAGAUCAAAGCCUGUUUGUGUUGACCGGCAAGAUAUUGAUUUUAAGUGCUGGGUCCUGCAUUGAUUCUUGUCCCCUACUGUGCAUGCAACGUAAUGCUGCAGUAUAUCAGGAGGAGGGGAAGAAAAGCAAUUUGUGCAGUGAUGUAGAGAGAGAGAGAGAGAGAGCGUGAGUGAGCGAAAGCAUCAAGUGUUGACUGUGAUGCAGACGUCUGGUUUUUCCCUGCUGAACUGGAGACGAGUCUGACUAAGGAUGGUUGGAAAUGGCCUGCUUUUUAAUGGGGGCAGACACUGCUUUAGCUUACCCCAGUGAGGUUCGAUAUCAGCCUUCUACUUCAAAGACUUCCAAACAGCCUCUGAUACCCAGUGCCUCACCAGUUGGUGAACACGCAGUGCAGCUCUCUCACAGCAGCACCAAGGACCAACCAAGCCCCCACAGUCCAGCCAGCAGUCCAGAAGCUGCUGGUCAUCUGAUCGAGACCAGCAGCAGAAAAGUUGUACAUGAUACACAAUUGGAGGUGAGUGUGGACCAACCACUGCCUCUUACCAGGGCUGAGGAUGUCAGUACAGGGAUUAAGAAAAAAAGAAAGAAAAAAGAACCAAAGGAGGAAGCGGGUGGUGAAUCAGUAACAGACGCACCCAAACCAAAGAAGAAGAGAAAGGAGCCCAAGAGUGAUAAAGAAGCAAAAGAGGGCAAAGGAGCAAAAGAGCCCAAGGGCUCCAAAGGGUCAAGGAACCGUGGAGAGCCUAAAGAAUCUAAAGGUACCAAGGGGGCCAAAGAGCUGAAGGAACCUAAGGGUGCUAAGGAACCCAAGCAGCUGAGAGAGCCAAAAUGUAAAUCCAACACCACACCCAAAUCCAAGGGCAGCAAGAAAGCCAGCAAAGAACAAGGCCCAACACCAACAGAAAAGAAGAAGAAAGGGAAAAGGAAAAAUGGUGUUCCUGUGGAGAAUUCUGAACAGGAGCAUUCAGCAGAGAAGACACGUUUGGCUACAGAGGAGCUGACAGAUGCUCAGAAGCGACGAUCAGGCCGUCAAGUAAAACGAAGGAAGUACAAUGAAGACUUGGACUUCAAAGUUGUCGAUGAUGCCGGUGAAACAAUUGCUGUACUGGGAACAGGGCGGAUUUCUCCGAACUCUGGCUCCUCACAGAAAGGAAACCAGACGACGGAAAGUCAGGAGGAGGAUGAGUCUGCUGUCAUUGAGAAGAUUCUGGCUCAGCGAAUAACACAGAGAGAGACCCCUGAUGGGACCACACAGGAGGUGGAAGAAUUCUAUGUCAAAUACAGGAAUUACUCGUACCUGCACUGUAAAUGGGCCACGGUGGAGGAGCUGCAGAAGGAUAAAAGGAUUCACCAGAAGAUCAAGCGUUUCAGAGCCAAGCAGGCGCAGAUGAAGAAUCUUUUUGUUGAGCCUGACGAGGAGCCCUUUAAUCCAGAUUAUGUCGAGGUUGACCGAAUCUUGGAUGUAGCACAUACAAUAGACUCUGAAACAUCAGAGCCUGUGACUCAUUACUUGGUGAAGUGGUGCUCCCUACCCUAUGAAGAAAGCACUUGGGAGCUGGUGGAAGACAUCGACCCAGUAAAGAUACAAGAAUAUGAGGGGUUGCAGAUUGUGCCUGAAAUCACACAUGUGGAACGUCCUCCCGCUGAAACAUGGAAGAAAAUGGAGCUGUCGCGGCCAUACAAAGCAGACAACAGACUCAGGGAAUACCAGCUGGAGGGAAUGAACUGGCUGCUCUUCAACUGGUACAACAGAAAAAAUUGCAUCCUGGCGGAUGAAAUGGGUCUGGGGAAGACAAUCCAAUCAAUUACAUUUCUGUAUGAAAUAUACUUGAUGGGAAUCCGGGGCCCUUUCCUCAUUAUUGCACCUCUCUCCACAAUAGCCAACUGGGAGCGGGAGUUCCGCACGUGGACGGAGGUAAAUGUCAUCGUAUACCACGGGAGUCAGAUCAGUCGGCAGAUGAUUCACCAGUAUGAAAUGCACUACAAGGACUCUGAGGGUGUUCCCAUCCAGGGAAUUUUCAAGUUCAAUGCAAUAAUUACCACCUUUGAAAUGAUCUUGGCUGACUGUCCUGAGUUGCGAAAAAUCCACUGGAGUUGUGUGAUCAUUGACGAGGCGCACAGGCUGAAGAACAGGAACUGUAAGCUACUGGAGGGUCUCAAGCUCAUGGCUCUGGAACAUAAGGUCCUUCUGACUGGAACUCCUUUGCAGAACACAGUGGAAGAGCUUUUCAGUUUGUUAAAUUUUCUUGAACCUAUUCACUUCCCUUCUGAGUCUACCUUCAUGGAGGAGUUUGGAGACCUGAAGACUGAUGAGCAGGUGAAGAAGCUGCAGGCUGUGCUGAAACCCAUGAUGCUUCGAAGACUGAAGGAUGAUGUGGAGAAAAAUCUGGCUCCAAAGGAGGAGACCAUUAUUGAAGUAGAACUGACCAACAUCCAGAAAAAAUAUUACAGGGCCAUCCUAGAGAGGAACUUCUCUUUCUUGGCCAAAGGGGCUAACCAGGCUAACAUGCCAAACCUGCUGAAUACCAUGAUGGAGCUGAGAAAAUGCUGUAACCACCCCUACUUGAUUAAUGGUGCUGAAGAGAAAAUCCUGGAUGAAUUCCGUGAGGUGCAUAAUCCUGAGGCUCCUAAUUUUCAGCUUCAGGCCAUGAUUCAGGCAGCAGGAAAGCUGGUGCUGAUCGAUAAGCUUCUGCCUAAGCUGAUUGCUGGCGGGCACAAAGUGCUCAUCUUCUCCCAGAUGGUUCGCUGCCUGGAUAUACUUGAAGAUUACCUCAUCCACAGACGGUACACCUAUGAGCGAAUUGACGGCCGGGUGAGGGGGAACUUGAGACAGGCUGCGAUUGAUCGCUUCUCCAAGCCAGACUCCGACCGCUUUGUGUUUCUGCUGUGCACCAGGGCAGGUGGUCUUGGAAUUAAUCUGACUGCAGCAGAUACCUGUAUCAUCUUCGAUUCGGAUUGGAACCCUCAGAAUGACCUGCAGGCUCAGGCUCGCUGUCACCGGAUAGGACAGAGUAAAGCCGUCCAAGUGUAUCGCCUCAUAACCCGUAACUCAUACGAGCGAGAAAUGUUUGACAAGGCCAGUCUCAAGCUGGGCCUGGAUAGAGCUGUGCUGCAAGCAAUGAACCGUAGAGGAAACACUAACGGGGUGCAGCCAUUGUCUAAGAUUGAAGUUGAAGACCUCCUUCGUAAAGGAGCGUAUGGAGCUCUAAUGGAUGAGGAGGAUGAAGGCUCAAAGUUCUGUGAAGAAGACAUUGACCAGAUCCUGCUUCGCCGAACUCGCACUAUCACUAUUGAGUCGGAAGGGAAGGGCUCCACUUUUGCGAAGGCCAGCUUUGUAGCUUCAGGAAACAGGACGGAUAUCUCCUUAGAUGAUCCCAACUUCUGGCAGAAAUGGGCCAAAAUUGCAGAGCUGGAUAUAGAGUCGAAAAAUGGAAAAGACAGCUUGGUCAUUGACACACCACGCAUCAGGAAACAGACCAAACACUACAACUCAUUUGAGGAUGAUGAAUUGAUGGAGUUCUCUGAGCUGGACAGUGACAGUGAAGAUAAACCUUCAAGGUCUCGUCGUCUUCACGACAAGACCCGUCGCUAUCUCCGGGCAGAAUGCUUUCGGGUGGAGAAGAACCUGUUGAUAUUUGGAUGGGGCCGAUGGAAAGACAUUCUGUCACAUGGACGGUUUAAAUGGCACCUAACAGAGAAGGACAUGGAGACUAUUUGUCGCACCCUCCUGGUCUAUUGCCUGAAGCAUUAUAAGGGCGAUGAGAAGAUCAAAAGCUUCAUUUGGGACCUUAUAACUCCGACAAAAGAUGGACAGAAUCAGGCACUUCACAAUCACUCAGGGCUGUCAGCACCCGUGCCCAGGGGGAGGAAAGGGAAGAAGAUGAAGACGCCUCUGUCACAGCCAGAGCUGAAGAAUGCUGACUGGGUGGCCAGCUGUAACCCAGAGGUGCUCUUCCAUGAUGAUGGUUACAAGAAACAUCUCAAACAGCACUGCAACAAGGUCUUGCUGAGAGUCCGAAUGUUGUAUUAUCUCAAGCAGGAAGUGCUGGGUGAGGCUGCUGAUAAAGCUUUGGAUGGUAUUGACGCAAGUAAGCUGGAAGUCUGGAUUCCUGAGGUUGACUACAACGAUAUACCAGUCGACUGGUGGGAUGGAGACUCUGACAAGUCCCUGCUCAUUGGCGUUUAUAAACACGGUUAUGAACGAUAUAAUGCCAUGAGAGCUGACCCAGCGCUCUGUUUCCUUGAGAGGGUGGGCAUGCCUGAUGAGACCUCGCUGGCUGCUGAGCAAGGAGGGGUCGACCUGUCAGCAGACAUGAGCGAAGGGGUUGACCUUUGUAAAGGUGAAGACUCUGAGCUAAAGUCUGAUGGACAGUUUAAAGACCAGCCUGAUGAGGACGCAAACUCCUGCAUUGAAUCUGCAAUUAUGGAGAAAGGAGAGGAUUCAAUUUUAGGUCAGGAUGGUACAGACGUUGACCGUCCACAGUGGCCAGUUGCAUCGGUGCUUACAGCCCGUCUUCGCCGCCUCAUAACUGUCUACCAGCGCUGCAAUCGCAAGGAGCUGGUGAGGAUGGAAUCGCUGGCUCGCAAUAACCAGCGUCGCUGGUAUCGGCAGGAUGAGAUCUGGGGAAGGAUACCAGAAAUGGACAUUGUUAACAUGGAAGGCCAGCAAAGGUGGACAAGGAGGGAGCAGACAGAUUUCUACCGUGUAGUCUCGACAUUUGGUGUGGUAUAUGAUCCAGACAAGAAGCAGUUUGACUGGAACCAGUUCCGGAGUUUUGCCAGGUUGGAGAGGAAAACAGACGGGAGUCUGGAGAGGUAUUUCCGAAGCUUCGUGGCUAUGUGCCGAAAUGUUUGCAGGCUGCCUCAAAGGAAAGAUGAGGCUUCAGACCCAAACAUCUUUGUUGACCCUAUCACUGAAGAACGAGCUUCAAGGACUCUGUACCGGAUAGAGUUGCUGCGCAAAGUACGGGAACAAGUCCUCCGGAGCCCGCAGCUGAAUGAACGGCUGAAACUCUGCCGGCCCAGUCUGUACCUGCCGGUUUGGUGGGAAUGUGGUAAACAUGACCGCGACCUGCUGAUUGGCACUGCCAAGCAUGGUCUGAGCAGGACAGAUUACUACAUCCUGAAUGAUCCUCAGCUUUCCUUCCGGGAGGCGCACAGAAACUACGUGCAGAAUGGGAGCACCUACUUCCAGAGCGUGCCAGCACCCUGCAGCCAGUCAUCCCUCAACUUCAGCCAGUCCGCUUCACCUGCAUCAACUGUGCUCACUCUGGGGGAGAAGGACAACAUAGAGCCGAUGGAUGUGGAGCCAGAGAAGAUGGAGGAGGCUCUGAAUGAUCCAAGCUCCCAGGCAGGAAUAAUGGGCGACUGCUUGGAAGUGAAGAAUGAAGAGGAUGCUGCUGACUCUGGAACCAAGUACAGCUCUGCCCAGGCUGACUCGGUGAUGGUUGGCAAUGACUGGGUAGCUGUCAACUGCACACAGACCAAGUGUUACACUGUGCCAAAAGCACACACCAAGGAGGUAAAUGACACGGGUGGUAUCUGUGCAGAGGCUGAUGCGGCAGAAAAUUCACAGCAGCCUGUGCUUGAACCUUGUGGUGGCACAGUUCCAACACUGGUGAGAAACUUGCAGCCUAUCUGUGCUGGUGUUGCCCUGUCACCAGUGAACUGUGUAAAUGUGCUGCAGGUGAAAUCCAAUGGUGUGAUAGAAAUGCAGCCUGUAGGUGAGGAGCCGGUGGAUAGCUCAGCACCGGUGUGUGGUGCUGCUGGUAUGCAGUCUUUGUUGGAAGCAGCCCAUGGGACCACUUUGAAGUGCGACCUCAUACAGAACAUGCAGAUAAAAGAGGAAAAUGAACGUAUAGUGGCUCAGAGGUCGACAGGUGUUACCGAUGGUCAGAGCCCCAUGAGUGAACAAAUUUACAACAUGCAGAUGAACUGUCCAAGCAUCUGUCAUACAGAGACUACAGCCAAUUGUACCGAUAAAACAUGGAGCCAAGCUAGCCAGAUGGCCAAAUCAAACUCAUCAGCUGCUGUCCCCGUUAGCUCGGGAGCAGCCAAUGGCUUCAAGCUGACUGAAGUUGUUUCAGGCAGUGGUCAGCAAGGAGUGGCUGUGGGUGAGACUAACUCAGCAGAGUCAGUGGGGAUCCUGACUGUUGCAAAGGCUGAAUCAGACCAGCUGGACUUUGAGGCAGUUACCACAAAAAGCCUGCUAAGCGGAACACAGUCGCUUGGAGCUGUGUACUCGGCAGUCGAGGCAGCGGAAGAUGAGCCAGAAUCAUCAUCAGCCCCGGAAGGCACUGUUCCCUUAAAGAGGGAGCUGACAGUCAGGCAUCUCCUCGAGGACUGCACGAAGGACAGUCUCUGUGAAACGGAAGAGAAAUCUGAGGAAGAUAAUUCACAACCCGAAGCCAUCCCACUGAAGAACUUUGAUGAGGAGAGCAACACAUCUACCAGCCUGGUCCAAGAUGAGAUCCAAGAUACCCUCCUUCAUGAUAUCCGAGAACCAACCAUCGCUCAGCUCUUACAGGAGAAAACUCUCUACUCUUCAGCUGAGUGGCCCAAGGAUCGAGUUAUCAUAAACCGUAUUGACAACAUCUGUCACGCUGUGCUGAAGGGGAAAUGGCCGUCAGCACUGCAACAGAACCUCGAACCUGCUGGUGUGAUGUAUUCCAUGGCGGCCCCAGCAGAGACUCUGAACGUGAGGAGCUGCCUCAGUGUCCCCUUGCAGGCUGCACACACACUCAGCUUUGCUGAUAGUUCUGUCUCCUCCCAUCAUUUUGCAAAGCAGGAGAGCUUACUUGCAUUAACGUUCCCGAGGGAUCAGAGGAGGAGAAGGCGGAAAUACGAGUUUGAGACAGAUCGAGGUGCAAAGAGGAAGAGCCAGGAGGAGGCUGUCCCUGUUCUCACUCGCUCUCCUAUAAUUUUCAAUGGGUGGCAGGAAACUGCCAUGGACCUUUCAAAGGCAUCUGAAGAGGCGCCUGGCUCUGUGCCAGUCAUUAUUAGUACAAGCACCCCGAAGUUGGGCUCACUGGACCCCUCGACUGCUUUCAGGGCGGACAUGGCCGGUAUCCUGCAGGCAGGCCUCGUCCAUCCAGUCACAGGACAGGUGAUAAACGGCACCUGUAGAGGAGAUGACUCAUCGAGGAGGAGGAGAGGGCGACGAAAGAAUGUUGAAGGUGUUGAUAUCCUCUUCAUGAAGGAGAAAAAGCCAGAGAAUCUGGACACGGGCCUGUCGAAGCAGCUUUUUUCUGGGGCAGCUCACUCGGCUGACAACAUGGCCAGUAUGAUGAUUAAACUCCCUCAGGGCAAGCAGCAACUGGCAAAUGAGGAAGAAGAGAAAAACAAGAGUCUGAUUGAGUGGUUAAGGCAGCAUCCCACGUACACCAUGGAUGUGUCCAACCUGGCUCCUAAUUGCACCGCAAUUUUACAUGGCCUUUCAGAGCGGCCAAAACAGAGGAGGCAUCGCUGCAAGGACCCCAGUAAACUGGACAUCAAUUCGCUGACUGGGGAGGAAAGGGUACCCGUUGUUCAUAAGGGAAGUGGAAGGAAGCUGGGAGGUGCCAUGGCCCCACUGAUGAAAGAGCUGGCGAGGUGGCUGGACGCAAACCCAGAGUACGCCGUGGCGCCCGAGUGGGCUGAAAUUGUGAAGCACUCGGGCUUUCUACCAGAGAACAAGUUCAGUCGUAUCCUGACUGAGCCUGUGGUGAAAGAGGCUGGUGCCAGAAAGCGGGGGCGGAGACCACGGAGUGAAAUGGUCAAACCCGGCGGGGUUGUCGGUGACACCACCUCAGCAAUGGGACCAAUGUUCAUGAAUGGGCUUAUCGCUGGGAUGGAUCUAGUGAGCCUUCAGAACUUCAGAAAUAUUCAUAACCUUCAGCUGGCCGGACUGAUGGGGUUUCCAGCUGGAUUUGCUGCAAUCCCUUCUGGAGAGGAUGGCAAGAACAGCCUGAACAUGUUGCCCAUGAUGCUGCCUGGGAUGGCUGGAAUGUCCCAUGUGUUCGGGGUAGGGGGACUAUUGAACAGCCCAUCAGUGGUAUCAGGUACCAGCACUUCAUGUACGUCCACACUGACCACAAGUGUUUCUUCGAAAGCAAGUAAAGGCAGCGAACAGCAGGGCAGUGCUGCCGAGUCGAGGAAACAUGAGGAAGGUUCUCUGUCAGCAGAGAAACCAGGUCCUAGUUCAUCUUUCCCUGACUCAGGGGAAGCCAGAGUCACCACCAGCAAUGUGUUGCCCUUCAACCCAUUCCUACUGCACAGUAUGCCUGCUGGAUUAAUUUACCCUUCCAUGUUCCUUCCACAUGGUGUCAGCAUGGCAAUGCCUGGCUUUGCGCAAGCAGGACACACUGAGGGAGACAGCACUGGAAGCCCAAAGAAGAAGAGAAAGAAAGCCAAGGAGGAGGCUGCAAGUGAUGGAACUGAACCCUGCCCACAGCUAACAAACACAGAAGAGAGCACGAGGAACUCGGCAGAAACCACUGCUGUACAGGACAGUUCUGUGCAGGAGACUGAGAAAAACUCUGUAGAUGGUACUCAGAAUGCCGAGUAGAAUUUAUAUUUACUUUUAGGUCAACUUUAGAUUUUCUUGAUUUAAAAAUUUAAACCAUGUUUAUGAUCCCCUCCUGCCUCAAACUGUUCUCUCCCCAAACUACUUUCAAUCCCAUCCACCAAUCCCCCUCCUCACUCACACUGUGUGGGGCUUAGGAAUCUAAAGCAAUUGUGUUAAAAUACAUCUCUGAGGUUGCUUUGAUUGUAAGUUUUAGUUGGUGACUGCAUUCUCCACAGCAUGAGCUAUGCUUUGGUUCUUGCUUCAGAGAUUAUGGUGAGCUAAUCCUUGGAGAUGGGAGGAGAGAGAAGUAAGGAGGCAAAAAUGUCCCGAUCCUCCACCACUUAGACUUAUCACACAAGGGUAUUGUCAGCAGUUACUUGGUGCCUCUUGCUCUAGGCUCUAGUUUUGUUAGUAUUUCACCCCCCCCCCUUUUUUUUGUAAAACACUGGCCACAGGAGAGGAGAGAAGAUUCUACCAGAUUAACUCCCUGGCCAACAAGAUUGAGAGAGUUUGUGCUUGUUCUGCCUUUACGCAGUACCAGAAGUCUGUUGGUGAGUCUGUUAUUAGGCACGGCCCUGAGGCUUUGUAUCGCACUCUAGUAAACUCUUGAUAGGAGUGCAUACUUCACACAAUAGCUGUUCCACUUUCUGUUGCACUGGAAUCAAUUAAAACGUUUAAUGUUGGGAGAAGAGAUUAUGCAGAGUUAAAGUGAUUCUUCUUUAGGACAAAUCCCCUCGAAAAGUUUGAAAAUUGGAGUUUUUAAAAGGUAGAUUAAAAUUUAUAACAAAGCAUGAACAGAAUUAUUCUUUCUAUGAACUGAGGAACCAGUUAGAAAGCUCAGUGAGAAACCAAGGGGAGCUACAUUGUAUGACUGACAUUCUCAGCGUGUAUACUAAGAUGCGCAAGUUUGUAGCCCUGUGUGAUGCACAAAACAGGUUAUUUUGAGCCAAGCAGAUGUAAACACUGGUGCUGAUCCAUAAAGGUAAAUUAAUGACGUGAAACUCCAAUCAUAGAUUAGUUGCUUUUCGUAAAUACAGAAAACGCUGGAAGUUUACAGGUCAGACAGCAGCUAUCGAGAGAGAGUAAGACGGUAUUGUAUUAGGUCUGUGACAUCUCUUGAAAAGUCAUCAACCUAAAUCAUUCACUCUUCUUCUCCACAGCUGCAACCUGAUCCAAUGAGUAUUUUCAGCUUGUUCUGUUUCCAAGUUCAUCUGCAGUUUUUGCUUUUUAAAUAGUUGCUUGUAACUAGUACUAGUUGAAGAUCACCUGCUAAGGAACUGACGGACAUCAUGCCUUGCUUUUGUGUGCUGUCAGCAACCAGAAUCUGUAUUAGUUCUGUCUGCUUGUCCUGCCAAUGUGCCAGCAGGCUGGUGUUUAGUAGCCAACCCUGCCACAGGUUCCAUCUCCCUUCCCUUGUGCACACCUCCAACUCUGCGCCAAAUCCACAAGACAGCAUCAUGGAGUUCAAAGUCUUGGCUUAUCAAAUUAUGUAACACCUUUAGAUAGUAUUGCUGACCCCUGUAGUGAGGUGUUGGCACACUGGUUUCCACAUAGCAAGAUCCUGAAUCCUACUGUAGUAAUUUAAAAAUGAAAUACUGAGUAGGUGUGUGAAUGGAAGAUGAGGUUUUUCUGUUACUGUAUGACACAUUUUUUUGUAUUUUAGUUGUUUUAUGAGGGUGGGGAGGGAGCCUGGUUAUAAUCAAAUAUGUUCUGCCUUUUUAGCCUUUAGUUAGUGAAUUUUUAUUGAUUUUUAAGCAACAAGAAAAACUUUUAGAACGGUCACUAAAGACCAAUUUUAUUGAUGACUUUCUGAACCCACUCCAUUACAAGUUGGUCUCUUGUUUCAGAGUGGGUGGCAGUGCGAGACUUUCGUUAACUUGGAGGAUCAGUGAGCCUGAGUUAGUAUUAAAUGAUAAAAUGCCCCUGUUCUCUGCAGCCUGCACUUCCAACAUUUAGCUUCGAGGAUGCUGGAAUGCAGUUUUAAUUGUGGCUGAUUAACAGAGAAAUAUCCUACAAUGAAGUGAUAUUACAGUGGCAGCAUGAAUGGAAAGAGAUUUUAAUUACACUCCUUUCCUCUUUGCCUACCGUUUGCUGCGUUGACAAUACCAGCAUACUGAGGCAAGAGGUGGCCACUGGCCUCCCUCCGUUCAACCUGGCAAGGAGUCCUGGUGCUGGGUUCCAUGACUGAGCUUGGACAUGAAGCUUUUGAUGAUGGUUUAUUUCCAAAGGGAAUAUCAAGUUUUGAAGUAUUCAAAGUUUACUGUCCAUUGAAGUUUUUUUUUGAAAAACAUUGAUUUUCAUUUUCUUUACUGUUACAACCUUACAUAACUUAUGGAUUUGUGCCGAGGUCCAAUGUUGAGUCAUAUAUUUCGUUACUACAUUAUUUAUUCAUCUGUUGAAUGUCUAUGUGUUUUUAUUAUAUAUAAUAAUUAUUCUGAAUCACUAACUAUAAAAUCCUGUCUUGUUUUUUUUAAACCCUAAAAGGCAAGCAAAUGGUCUGAUGUUUGCACGGUGUAUUCAGCAGUUUGAAGUUAGAAAACUAUUCCAAAAUCUUUUAUUGGAGAUGUUUUACAAAAAUGCACUGUAUUGGAUGAGACAGUAUCCCAUAUGUUUAUCUGCCCUCAGUUAUAUUAAUCCAAAUCACUUCUGGGAAAUUGUACACUGUAGCUGGUCUCUUACUGUGCAGAGUUGCCCUCUGUGAUAUAUUAUGCAGCAAUUAACCCUGAAUCUUCCUGAAAAAAAUCCAAAGAUUCUACAAACAAUAGCAUGGUAAAUGUGGAUCUGUUUGUUAAUUGUUUCAUAAAUAAUGCUGCUUUGUACAAAAUUGACAUAGAAGAGUUAAAGGUAUCAGAAAUUGGGUGACUAAACACUAUUUUGCUGCUCUAGCCAUUGCCUCCCUCCAGCUCAGUUGCAUCUGUUACAGUCCUGCCCAUCUGUUGCAUAUUGAGCCCAUAGCUGAAUGUGCCUCGUUUAAAUCAUCAAGCAAAGAAAGGCUGAUGUCACAUAGAUGGUUGUGAAAAGAGCAGCACACAAAACACUGGAGGAACUCGGCAGGUCAAUCCAGCAUCUAUGGAGAGCAACUAACAUUUGAGGUUUCGGGCUGAGACCUUUCAUUAGGACGGAUGAAACAUGAUGGGCCCAAAACAUCAACUGUUUAUUCCUUUCCAUAGAUGCUGCUUGCCCUGCUAAGUUCCUCCGGCAUUCUCUGCACGUUGCUCUGGAUUUCCAGCAUCUGCAGAAUCUCUUGUGUUUAAGAUUGUGAGAAGAGGCCAAAUCCCCUUAUAUUAGUUGACUUUAUAAGAUACUUCUGAUACAAUUUUGAAGUCAGUUUGGACAUGUCUACUAGUCAGCUUGUGUUUCAUAUCUUCAUCAAAGAAGGUUAAUCAAAAAGGACUUGGGUAAAGUCCUGGAUACAGGGAGCCUUCCUCUUUCAAGGUUAAGUUUAAAUAAAAACUUAAAAAUUGGAUGGAGGACUAGUGUCUUUCAAUAGAGGUAUUUAAAAAGCCUUUGUAAGACAGCUGUGUGCUAAGCCCAGGUGAACCUACAGCAACGGUAGUUACUGAUGGCUGAAAGAAUUCAAGACAUAGAGCACCACAGCACCAGAAAUAGGCCCUUCAGUCCAUCCUGCCCAUGCCAACCUGAUCUUCUGCCUAGUCCCAUCUAACUGCACUUGGACCAUAUCCCACAAAACCCUUCUCAUCCAUGUACCGAUUUUGAACCCAUAUCCACCAUUUCCACUGGCAGCUCAUUCCACACUCUCACCACCCUCUGAGUGAAGAAGUUCACCCUUGGGUUCAUUCACCUUUCACCCUUAGCUUAUCACCACUAGUUCUAGUCUCACCCAACCUGAGGGGGAGAAAGUCUAUAUGCAUUUACACUAUUACCCCUUAUAAUUUUGUAUACCUCUAUAAGAUCCCUAUUCAUUCUCCCACACUCUAAGGAAUAAAGUCCCUUCUCUGUAACUCAGGUUAGCACCAUUAAGCAGUGACUACACUGGAUUAGGGUGAAAGCACACAGAGCAGUUGCUGGGUCUAACCACUGGGGCCAGAAUCCACCACUGCUCUGCUAACAGUGGACAAACUUUCUAAUCCACACAGCCUUCAGCUCCUGAUCAGGCUAUUCCAUCAUUAUGACUUCCAAAUAAAUAGUUUCAAAUGAAUCUUGAUGUUGGCCUUCAGUUUUGCCUUUUUUCACUUUCCUGAUCACCACCCAAACCUGUCUCUCUUCUCUCCCCCAGUAAAAAGUGAGGCACUAGAACAGAGGAAAUCACUCUACACAAUUCAGUUAUCUCACCCCUACCUUGCAGAGUUUGCAAAUAGAUUCCAGCAACCAGGAGUGAACUGUCACAUUUGCAAUUUUCCAUCCAGAAGCAUAAUUCAUGUAUCUUUGCAGCGUUGAGAAACUAAGGCUGACAUUCUGAACUUUCCUUGCAUGUUUCUUAUUGUAUUCUGGGGUACAAAUCUUUGUCUAACAGAAGUUCCAUUGUCUAAUUCAUAUAUUUAAAUACCCAAAAUUUUCAUUUUGAUUUUCUGUGCAACUGAUAUUUUCCCUCUUUCAGUGAUGAGCACAAAACAAUAGACAAUAGGUGCAGGAGUAGGCCAUUCGGCCCUUCGAGCCAGCACCGCCAUUCACUGUGAUCAUGGCUGAUCAUCCACAAUCAGUAUCCAGUUCCUGCCUUAUCCCCAUAACCUUUGAUUCCACUAUCUUUAAGAGCUCUAUCCAUCUCUUUCUCGAAAGCAUCCGGAGACUUGGCCUCCACAGCCUUCUGGGGCAGAGCAUUCCACCACUCUCUGGGUGAAAAAGUUUUUCCUCAACUCUGUUCUAAAUGGCCUACCCCUUAUUCUUAAACUGUGGCCUCUGGUUCUGGACUCACCCAUCAGUGGGAACAUGCUUCCCGCCUCCAGCGUGUCCAAUCCCUUAAUAAUCUUAUAUGUUUCAGUAAGAUCCCCUCUCAGCCUUCUAAAUUCCAGAGUAUACAAGCCCAGUCGCUCCAAUUCAACAUAUGACAGUCCCGCCGUCCCGGGAAUUAACCUUGUGAACCUACACUGCACUCCCUCAAUAGCAAGAAUGUCCUUCCUCAAAUUUGGAGACCAGAACUGCACACAGUACUCCAGGUGUGGUCUCACCAGUGCCCUGUACAGCUGCAGAAGGACCUCUUUGCUCUUAUACUCAAUUCCCCUUGUUAUGACAACCAGCAUGCCAUUAGCUUUCUUCACUGCCUGCUGUACUUACAUGCUUGCUUUCAGUGACUGAUGUACAAGAACACCUACAUCUCGUUGUACUUCCCCUUUUCCUAACUUGACUCCAUUUAGAUAAUAAUCUGCCUUCCUGUUCUUACCACCAAAGUGGAUAACCUCCAAUUUAUCCACAUUAAACUGCAUCUGCCCACUCACCCAGCCUGUCCAAGUCACCCUGCAUUCUCAUAACAUCCUCCUCACAUUUCACACUGCCACCCAGCUUUGUGUCAUCAGCAAAUUUGCUAAUGUUACUUUUAAUUCCCUCAUCUAAAUCAUUAAUAUAUAUUAUAAACAGCUGCAGUACCAGCACUGAACCCUGUGGUACCCCACUGGUCACCACCUGCCAUUCCAAAAGGGACCCGUUGAUCGCUACUCUUUGUUUUCUGUCAGCCAGCCAAUUUUCAAUCCAUGUCAGUACUCUGCCCCCAAUACCAUGUGCCCUAAUUUUGCCCACUAAUCUCCUAUGUGGGACUUUAUCAAAGGCUUUCUGAAAGUCCAGGCACACUACAUCCACUGGCUCUCCCCUUGUCCAUUUUCAUAGUUACAUCCUCAAAAAAUUCCAGAAGAUUAGUCAAGCACGAUUUCCCCUUCGUAAAUCCAUGCUGACUCGGACCGAUCCUGUUACUGCUAUCCAGAUGUGUCGUAAUUUCACCUUUUAUAAUUGACUCCAGCAUCCUUCCCACCACUAACGUCAGGCUAACCGGUCUAUAAUUCCCUGUUUUCUCUCUUCCUCCCUUCUUGAAGAGAGGGACAACAUUAGCCACCCUCCAAUCCACAGGAACUGAUCCUGAAUCUAUAGAACAUUGGAAAAUGAUUACCAAUGCGCCCACGAUUUCUAAAGCCACCUCCUUAAGUACCCUGAACACUGAAUUAACUUGCCUGCCAUUUCAUUAGGAUCCACUGUACUUUUGCCAAUUCUAACCAGCCCAUUGAAAAUGCUGGAGGAACUCAGCAGGUCCAACACCAUCUAUAGAGGGGUAGAAACAGCUGAUGCUUUGGGCUGAGAUGCUUCUUUGGGGCCUGAUGUAAGGUCUCAGACCAAAAUGUUUACCAUUUAUUUAUUUCCCUCUUAUAGAUGCUGCCGGGCCUGCUGAAUUCCUCAGCAUUUUGUGCGUGUUGCUCUGGAUUUCCAGCAUCUGCAGAAUCUGGUUUCUAGCUAGCCCAUAUUCGUUUUCACAAAUCUCAAAAAUUCAAAAGAACGUCUUUAUUCUUUUUCUACACCCUUUUCUAUAUGUUUCUUUCUUCUGUUAGGUUUCCAUCUUUCAUUUGAGCAAAGUCUUUUCCUCACUGAGUAUUUUUUGCUUAAAUGUAAAAGUGGAUCCACUGAAUUUUAAAGGAAUCUUUGGUCCUUUGUUUGAAUAUGACUAGUAGUAAGGUUUGGUUUUCCACCUGAACUUUGCAACAAUAGUCAAUCUUAAGGGAAGAUUGUUCAACAUUUUGUAAAUAAUGCUGUCCAAUUCCUUGAGUUAAUUUUGAUCUGCUUGUACUGGUAUCAGUCCUAAAUUUGUCAAAUGGAGACACAGACUACAGUGGGUCAAGCAACCUCUGUAGAAGCAAAGGAUGGGUAUGUGUUUUGUGUUGCGGCCUUACUUCAGGUGCUGCAUGACCUGCUGAGUUUUUCCAGCAAUUUGCUUUUGCUCUGGAUUUGAGAAAGUAUAGAUGACACAACUCCGAGCCCCAAGUUCUUCUUGUCAGCCACCACAGUAACUAUUAGCGUUCUUCAGUGGUAAUGCAGAUUCAUAGAUGCUUUGGGAAAGACAGGCAAAGGCAGACCUCAGUGGACAUUGCUUUGAAUUAUCAGUGAAAAUCGCAGGUGGCAGACCAGAUAACCAACUGCCACAAAUUGUUACAAGGAUUGAUGGGCAGUUACUGGAGCAAAAUGCAACACUUCUUGGAGUGGCCCUCCCAUCUUUCAUUAUUAUUUUACUCUCCAUCAUUCUUUUAUUGGGUACAAAAAAUGGCACAAAUCUAUUCCAAGUAACAUUUGGACAUUAUGUUAGGACAUAAAUAUUUUUCAUAUUGCUUCGGAGGAGAGUCCGUAUGGCUUGAGCAAACCAAUAAAUGGGAGUGUCUUUUUAUAACAUGAUAGCUCUUACUGUGCAGACUUGCCAUUUCGUGCUACAAGAUUUUUAACACUAAAAGCUUGGCAAAGAGGAAAAAAGGUGAAAACUUUUGAAACCAUUCCUGUUUGCAGAUAAGCCCUAUAGUAUCUAUGUAAUAAUGUGUUUAAAAAAAUUUUUUUUAAAUGAGAAUUUGAUGCAGAAUGCGCACUAGGGAGCUACUUUGAGUCAGAUCUGGUUGGGACGUAUCCUUUUACUUGAACUCUACAAAGUAAUCUCACAAAGUUUAAUUUUAUGGGUCUGGAUCCCUGUCUAAAGAGCACAUUAUAGAAAGGUGGCUUCAGUUCAUCAUUUUGUUUUUGCUCUUUCUGGUAAAUUAACCAAAUGCUGAUGAAACCAGUAACUAGGUACCUGUGAAGGGAUUGUGUGGAUGGGACAUGUCAGUUAGCAGAAAAAGACCAAGGUGAAUGAACUGCAGUGGUUUAAAAGCUGUGUUUGAAACAAGCUGCAUUUAUAUCACAAGGCAAGUUGUAUAUUAUCGGAAAACGAGCACAAAUUGAGAUUGGGAAGGGGAGUGGGCUACAUAUCACAAGGCCAGACCUUCUGUAAAUAUAAAAAUAUACUUGACAUUCUUUAUUUAAAAUGCAGAGGGACUCUAGAAAAUUAUAGCAAUAAAUUAGAGAACUGUUAUGUGUUGUAUAAAGAAUUUGUGAAGUAUAUUUCUGUUCCUCUGUUCAUUUCAGCAGGCUUUGUUUUGUAAUGAGGCCACUGUAGAAUAAUGAGUAAAAAGAAAAAUUUAAAAAAAACUUUAGAACUGCUUAGACACUCUGUUACACAAUGGCAGUGGAAAGUGAAACUAGACUGUGUGUAGUUUCUUCUAUUUAUCCAAUUAAUUUGUUGAGUUUUACUUUUUUUAUAGGUAUUCUUUUUGUGUAAUUUAUAUAUGGGUGUACAGACUAUAUGCUGGUCACUGGUUCCACACAGUUUCCCUUUGAGAAAUGUUUUUAGUUUGAUGUACUGAUUUUGUUUGGAUCAGAUGGCAGCACUGAAAAAUGUCUUCUUGUAGACCGCCCCACUUAAAUCAACGAUUUUCAAUGUUUCAGUGUUCAUGAAAGGUAUGUGUGUUCUUGUUACCUUGUGCUAACUAGACCCAGAAAUAGCUGGAAGAGCUAGAGUUAAUUUCUAACUGUAUCUGCAGUUUGCUUAUUGGUUUUGGAGGAGGGGUGGGAAAUGAGUCAAACGUUUCAAGUGAAGCUGGAAGAUAAACCUUCAACCCUUUUGAAAUUAUUGCAUGUUAAACUGGCAAUAGAGAAAACAUCACAAUGGAAAUGACCUAACUGAUGCAUCUUACUGACUCUACCUGUUUCACAUCUCCAUCACACUGGUUUACACUCCAUCAUGCUGUGUUUACACUUACAGCUGAGCUGGUGUCCAUCAACCAAAGGCUGGUAGUAGCUUUGGAGUUUGUCACACAACACUCUCUUCCACAUGUUGGUUUCUAUGAAGUGUGGCGUGUCUUCUCUAUCAUUCCAUUCCAAAAGUUGUUUAGACCUUGAGGUGUGAAACAGACAUCACUUACCCAUGAGUGCUAAUUGGGUCCUGCAGAACUUGCUUCGUGAUAGUGUAGUUUGACUUUGGAAUAUUCCAAUCAGCCCUGAAGGUUGUUUUUUUUUCAGUUGAGCAAUUCCAGUAGCCUGGCAUUAGGUAUAAACUGUUCAGUGAUGAUUCAAGCACUGUGUUUAUUAAAUUUUUGUUUCCACUGUUGUUUCCAUUGUGUUGGAAACAGAAUAAAAUUUAACUAUCAAUAAAAGAAAAGAUAAAUGGAAGUUGAUACCUUUUAUAUUUUAGAUGUCUUAAUUUCUGAAUUAUUACUAUAUGCUGUCUGCUGUACAGCUAUUCUAAAGAUCAUAUUGUUACAAUCCUCAAAACGUGUGCCUCCGUUGUCUGAUGGGUACAAGACUGUUUUCAGAUUCAUCAAGCUCAGCUUCCCCUUCCAGGCGUGAUCAGCUGAAUCUGUCCCUAUUAACUAAGAAAAUAUUUUAUCUGUUCUCCUAAAUCAAUAAUUUAGAUAGCCUGAAAGUACUAACUGCCUGGAGAGAAUGGGGGAUGAGUAUUCUAGAGUUUGCUUGUCCUGUCGGGUUAUCUCUGGUGGUUGUAGUUGGUUAAGGUUCAUGGUCAAGCCUGUGGCCAGCACCACUGUUCUGGCAUGACAGCUGUAUGGCAAGAAAUUCUCAAAAAGAAGAGAAUCAGGUAGCAGAUUACUGUGACAGUUGUCAGACAAAUUAUGACUUAUUUUGCUUUAUACUCUUGUGAUUGAAUAGUUUCUAAGUCCUACCAAGCACGAGAGAUCUCUUUCCCCAUUCCACACCCUCUCCCCAAUGGACCUAGGUCACCAGUUGGAGCUGGCUUCCAAAUGUAGGAGCAUCUAGGCAUUGGGUGUGAAGAAUAUGUAUGGCAACCAAGGCUUAUUCUAAUUGUGGUUGCCCUUGUCUCCACUAAAGGCAUCAUGGCUUGGGAUUCUCUCUGCUCUUCGAUCGUUUACCACUUUCCUGUUCUUAACAUUAAGCCUUAGAAUACAUUGUUUUCAAAUUUAGUUGCAAUACUACGCUGAAGUACUGAAUACCUCAUUUAUUUUGUAACAGUAUCCCCAGUUCUACUGAUAUGAUUGCUCUUGUAUCCUAAUCCUGUACCUGACUUGUUGAAAGCCUCAAUAAAAUGUUAACAUC